AUUGAUAUAUCUGGAGUAUGAAAAAUAGAUUAUCGCCAAUGAAGCGCAAAAAUGAUACCUAUAGCGUAUCGUAGCGCGCCGGUAAAACACUUCAAAUCAAUGGAUAAAGAGAAGAAGAAGAAGGAGAGUAUAUUUGACUUGUCGAAAUACAUCGAUAAGACCAUUCGAGUGAAGUUUCAGGGUGGACGAGAAGCCAGUGGGAUCCUGAAAGGGUUUGACCCCCUGUUGAACCUGGUGCUGGACGGCACUAUUGAGUACAUGAGAGACCCUGACGAUCAGUUCAAGCUGACCGAGGACACCAGGCAGCUGGGGCUGGUGGUGUGCAGAGGGACCUCUGUGGUGCUCAUUAGCCCUCAUGAUGGCAUGGAGGCAAUUCCCAACCCUUUUGUUCAGCAGCAGGAUGGUUAGGGGGUGUGUGGAGCCGCCCCUGCCCCAGCGAUCACAGCGGAGUGUAACAUUCCCGUGCAAAAACAUCUCCCUCUCUUUAUCACUAGUCAUCAUCCAGGGAUAUCAACCAACCAAAUCCCUAUCCAAGUCCAGUGAACUCCUAGUCUUCCAUCACAGAAUCCCUUAUUGUAUUCCAUCCUGGUAAACACGGUGUUCCCUGGAUUUCAGUCCCAAAAGGAGACCUGCUCUAGUUUUUUCUAAUCAGAUAGCUCUGCAUUUAGAUCUACAUACCCCAAGGAAUCUUGUAUGGUGGGAUCAAAAUCCUAUAGAAAUACCUGUAAAGAAUUGUAUUUUUUGUGGCUUACACUCCUGGUGAAUCUUGCUUGUUUGAAGAUGUUGAGGCGGUGAAUAACCCUGUAGAUACGCUUGCAAUUAUGUUGGGUUUACAAGAGAACCCGUUAAGCGUGGUAUAAAUAUGAGUACAAGGCUUAAGUUGUGUGUGGGCGUGUUCAGCAGGCAGACAGUGUGUUUUAGUUUGUGAUUUCUGACGGAAGCAAAAUUGAAAAGAACUAGAUAUCGUUUGCACAAUCUGCUUGAGCCCAGUGAGAAUUUAAUUUUUUUUUUUUUUUUAAUAAUUUUAGUUAAUUGUUUCAAUAUUCUGUAACAAAACUGGACUCUAAUUAAAAAAAAAAAAAAAAAAAAA